CUACAGAGACCAAACAAGUGGACUUCUAGUUUGUGGUGGGAGAAUCCAGACCUUCAAAGAAGACCGCAGAGCUGUUCCCCUCCUACCUUUCCAAGCCUGGUUAUCUACCCUGCUAGCCAGAGAAGCACACAGUAAGGGACAUGAAGGUGUGGCGGGAACCCUGCUGCGGAUGAGGAUAAAGGCGUGGGUCAUCAGAGGAAGGGUCAUUGCCCAAAAAGUCGUUGACAAGUGUAUCGUCUGCAAGAAAGCAAAAGCAAGAACCUGCAAGCAAAUAAUGGGAAACUUACCUGAUGAGAGGUCUAGUCCUGCUGCACCAUUCGAGUUUACGUCCGUUGACCUGUUUGGACCUUACCAUGUGAAGGAUGAUGUCAAAAAGAGAGUGACCAUGAAAGUAUGGGGCGUCGUGUUUUGCUGUAUGUCCAGCCGAGCCAUUCAUGUCGAGCUGGCAAACACACUAUCAACAGAGAGCUUCCUGCUUACCUACCAGAGAUUCACCUCUGUCCGAGGCCAUCCCCGUAAAAUCUGGUCUGAUCCUGGUACGAACUUUGUCGGAGCGAGACCUGUCCUAGAAGAGAUGUACACUUACCUGAAUCAACAGAGCAAAGAGUCACUUGAAGAGUAUGCUGCCAAAAAUGAGACGACCUGGAUGUGGAAAAUCCUCCCGGCCGAUUCACCUCACCGAAACGGAGCCGCCGAAGCUGCUGUCAGAGUCACCAAGAGAGCCCUCCAAAGCCUUGGCAAUGUAGAAAGUCUUACCUUCAGUGAGUUCCUGACAGUGCUCCAGCUAGCUGCUUAUCUUGCCAAUGAGAGACCCAUUGACGCCAGAGUCCAAAGCCGAGAAGAGCGCAUCCAGUACAUCACGCCGAACAACUUAUUGCUUGGUCGAGCUACACAAAGUGGAGACUUCAAAACUGUCGACUACACCACCUACCCAUUCAAGAGGCUCAAAGAAGUGCAAACGAUAGUAAACAACUUCUGGAAGUCCUGGAGCCAACUUGCUGGCCCGAACCUGUUCAUUCGCAGUAAGUGGCAUACUGCUGAAAGGAACGUUACCAGUGGAGACAUAGUUUGGCUCUGCGACCAAAAUGCACUGAGAGGGCAGUUCAGGCUUGCAAGAGUCAUCGGCGCAAAUCCUGAUUUGAGAGGUGUCGUUCGAGAUGUUCAUGUGAGAGUCUCCCCAAGUUCCAGCAUUUCUGUGAGAAGCUCAAGACCUGGUGCCGCAGAUCCUGGAUCAAGUACCAUACUGCAUCGGGACGUCCGGCGCCUUGUGGUCCUCAUACCAUGGGAGGAUCAAGUCAGAGACCAGCCCACCUGAGAGUACAAUCUUUCCGGGCGCCGCCACGUAAAGAUCGAGUGGGAGGUGUCGCGCUGAUCUGGCAGAGGUGCGCCUGUCUCCCGUGUGCCCGCCUCCUCCUGCAUGCCGUCUCACCUGCGUGCCGCCCCGCUCUGCAUCGGCAGCUGCGUGUGACCGUGCGUGCGCGCCCUGGCGCACCCUCGACCAGGUGAAUUAGAUUGAGCAAUCAGAAGUUCGCACACACUUCAAUCAGCGGGAGCAUAUAACGCAGUCAUUUGGCUGGUGGAAAGGGACUGACACGACGGAAUGAGCAGCACACAUCCACUGCGGGGAAUGAGACUUUUGAUUUGACGGGCUAUCGGUAAGCUCACUUGAAUGUUGUUUAAAUCUUUUUCUGUUUAGGUGUUAAUAUGGGUGAGUUAAAGUUGUCGCUGCAUGGUUGAAGAGAGGGAGAAACUAUGU